AUGAGACAACUAGCUACAGAUGAAAAGAAAAACCACCCCCUUGCGGCUGAAAUAGUGCUACGGGAUUUCUACGUGGACGAUCUUCUGAGUGGCGCUGACACCAUUGAAGAAGCACGACAUAUACAAAAGGAAGUAACUGACCUACUCAAAAAGGGAGGAUUCAAUAUAAGAAAGUGGAAAUAUAACGUACUGACCGAAAGCAAAUCCACCGUCACGCUGGACGACAAAAAUGGACCAACCAAGACGCUCGGUAUAACAUGGACUCCCAGAGAAGAUAAUAUUCAGUAUCUAAUAAAACGAAACUCCGAACAUCGGUUAACAAAAAGAAAAAUCUUAUCAGAAAUCGCCACAAUCUUCGAUCCUCUUGGAUUAUUAUCUCCAGUCAUUAUACAGGCGAAACUGUUAAUGCAAGAAAUAUGGAAAACCAACACAUCUUGGAAUGAACCACCACCAGAGCACAUCAGGAACACCUGGAAAAACUUCAGAAACGAGCUUCCAAAAUUAGAAGAAAUUCAAGUUCAACGCUGGAUUCACCUACGGCGUGGUCAACCCUUGGAAAUACAUGGAUUCUCAGAUGCAUCCCUGAAAGCAUAUGGCGCUGCAGUAUACAUAAAAACAACAGACACAAAUGGGAACACCCACGUAGGACUCCUGGCCUCCAAAUCAAAAGUAUCACCACUAAAAAAUACAAAGACAAUCCCGCAGUUAGAACUCUGCGCAGCCCUUCUUCUAGCCAAACUCAUCAAACGCUGCGUUACGGCCCUGAAUCACAACAAUUCGAAAAUAUUCACCUGGUCCGACUCUCAAGUAGUAAUAUCAUGGAUAAACGCUGACGCUGGAAAGUGGAAAAUGUUCGUCGCGAACAGAGUUCGAGAAAUCCAUAACCUGCUAGGUCAAGGUCACUGGUACUACGUAAGGUCAGCCGAUAAUCCGGCAGAUUUAAUCUCACGAGGAUUGAGACCCAGCGCGCUUGCAAGCAAUAACCUUUGGUGGAAUGGACCCGAAUGGCUAAAGCAUGGACUGAAAGAAGAAAUCCAUCUACAAUUACUCCCUUCUGACACACAGGAAGUCACGAAGGAAUUGAAGUAA